AUGAUCAACAAGCACAAUAUCAUACCACGAGCUGAGCACUACUCUUGUACGGUUGAUCUCUUUGUCCGUGUAGGGCAGCUGGAAGAAGCGUACAAUAUAAUUUCUAGGAACAAUAUUACACAGAAUUCCUCACUGCGGGGUGCCAUUCUCGGGGGAUGCUUUUCUUAUGGUAACUAG